AUGUAUCCUGAUGGACGUUAUGCAUACUCAUCAGAAUAUGAUUUAACUACAGGCAAGAGUCGUACUCUUAAUUUAAAGACAAACACUUUUUGUUCUGCUGGGUCUUUCAUCGAAAAUGGUACACUAAUUGAAUCUGGCGGUGCUGAAAAUAUUUCUGGAGCACAAGCCGGUUUCCAAUCUGUUCGAUUAUUCAACUCAUGUGAUGACGGCAGUUGUGAUUGGUUGGAGUUUCCUGUAUAUUUGAAUAUUGCAAGAUGGUAUAACACUAUGGUAACGCUUCCGGAUGACAUUCCCGGCGGUCCACGCACGUAUCCAGUUACCGGCACAAUAUUUCUUUUGCCAUUACACUAUGAAAAUAAUUACACUGCCGAAAUUGUCGCCUGUGGUGGAUCCGCUGACGUAACGCCCGAAUCCGAAAGUGAUAAUGAUUGCGCAAGGCUUAAUUUAGCACAACCAGAUGGUGAUUGGACUUUAGAACCUUUUGGAGAUUUUGAAACAGGACGUUUAAUGGGUGAUCAUAUUCAUAUGCCUGAUGGAAAGGUGCUUAUUGUAAACGGUGCUGGUAUGGGGUAUGCAGAUGAGGGCAAUAUUACCGACAGACAACAUGCAGCAAGUUUGCCUCAAAAAGUACCAUUACUUUAUGAUCCCAAAGCACCUCUUGGAUCUCGUUUCACUAGAAUGGCAGAAGCGAAAUAUGUCCGUGUUUACCAUUCAACCGCAACUUUGAUCCCAGAUGGUACAGUUUUUGUCGCUGGCAGUAAUCCAAAUGCAUUGGUUUGUGAUAUUUGUGAAUACCCUACGGAGUAA